CACUGGGAGCUGAUCACAUGGGCUCCGGGACGCUGUCUGGAAAAUCUUGUGGAAUAACCACGUUAUUGCUAAUAAUAACUGCGGUACUAUACUUCAUUAUUCACUCUGCGCGUCUGUGGGAGUUUUUUUUUCACCCGUGAAAAGGCUGACUCUCCUGGCCGCGUAUAUAAGCUAAAUCGGUCCAUUAUGGAGAAGUGCUGGAUGUUUACGGAGUGUUUCCCACACCAGGAAGCCCGGCAGCUGCUACCUAAUGCCGGCAGCAGUUAACAAAUAUUUAUUCCUUUGGAAGCCCGUGCCUCCACAUUUGUUCUUCUCGGGGGGGCGAAACAAGUAAAUGACUUUUUAGGACUACAACCGUACCUACACGGUCAUUAUCAGCAGCGACCACGGUGCCUUCAUGGUUUAAUAUACGAGACGACAUGUCCGGGACAAGACUCUGAGUGUUCCUUUGUACGCCUGACGAGAAUUGUUUUCAUCGACCAUGAAGACGUCCCUCGCACCCGGCAUACGGCUCAUCACGUCCUUUUCUCGUGACAGCUGGUACCGGGGCUUUAUUCUUUUCCUCACCUUCCUCUUCUACACUGCCUACCACUUGUCACGCAAGCCUAUCAGCAUUGUUAAGAGUGAACUUCACAGAAACUGUAGUGGCGUCAUUCCACCACCAGGCUUGAAUAUUACCAACAAUGUCACGUGGUGUAGCUGGCCCCCCUUUGACCAGGACAACUAUAAAACACUCUUUGGGGCCUUGGAUAACUCCUUCUUGGUGGCCUACGCCAUCGGCAUGUUUUUCAGCGGGAUCUUUGGAGAGCGCCUGCCGCUGCGCUACUACCUGAGUUUUGGGAUGCUGAUGAGCGGCUUGUUCACCUGCCUGUUCGGCUUGGGAUUCUACUGGAACAUCCACUCGUUUGGGUACUACGCCUUCGUCCAGGUGAUGAACGGACUGAUGCAGACAACGGGCUGGCCCGCUGUGGUGGCCUGUGUCGGCAACUGGUUUGGAAAGGGGAAGCGUGGCUUCAUCAUGGGCGUGUGGAACUCUCACACCUCGGUGGGCAACAUCCUGGGCUCGCUCAUCGCCGGCGUCUACGUCUCGUCGUCGUGGGGUUUGUCCUUCAUCGUGCCGGGUCUCAUCAUCACCUCCACCGGCAUCCUGUGCUUCUUCUUCCUGGUGGAGAAACCUGAAGAUGUGGAGUGCAGUCAACCUCAGCAACAUAAUGACUUGGAAAGUGGUGAGACUGAGCCUCUCCUGCAGAGCUCGCCACAAGGUGAUAAUGGUUCCAUCACCACAGUGAUACCGGAAAUCAACCCUGAACGCUCAGAGGCUAUCAGUUUCUGUGGAGCUCUCAGUAUACCCGGAGUGGUGGAGUUCUCCCUCUGUCUGCUCUUUGCCAAGCUGGUCAGCUACACCUUCCUCUACUGGCUUCCUCUCUACAUCUUCAACGUUGCGAAUUUUGAUGCCAAAGAAGCCGGCGACAUGUCAACGUUAUUUGAUGUAGGAGGAAUUGUGGGCGGCAUCAUGGCGGGCCUCGUGUCUGACUACACCGGUGGUAGAGCCACGACUUGUUGCGUCAUGUUGCUCACGGCUGCGCCCAUGCUUUUUCUCUACAAUUCCAUUGGGCAGAGGAGCCUUGGCACGACAAUUGGCAUGCUCCUUUUAUGUGGAGGCCUGGUCAAUGGACCUUAUGCCCUCAUCACCACUGCUGUGUCCGCUGACCUGGGCACACAUGAGAGUUUGAGAGGCAACUCCAGGGCUUUGUCAACAGUGACGGCCAUCAUUGAUGGGACAGGCUCAAUAGGCGCUGCGUUGGGCCCCCUACUUGCUGGACUGAUCUCUCCCACCGGUUGGAACAAUGUCUUCUAUAUGCUCAUCUCCUCCGACCUUCUGGCCUGCCUGUUUUUGUCCAGGCUUGUUUACAAGGAGGCUCAAGUCUGGUGUGGACGUCUCCCCAGAAUCAGAGGGUACAAGGAAACCUAAACUGAGGAGCAACACAAUGACCUUGUUUUACUUCACACGACCUCACGGCUAAAUGGAAAAUCAAUCAAGGCACUAAAACUGACGAUUGAAGCCUUCAUUUUUUGUCAUGGAGAGAGUUGUCUUUGUAGAGACACCUUUUUUAAUGUCUAAUUGCUCAUUUCAGUGUGUUUAUUUGAAUAUUCUUUUAUCAUUAAAGUGUACAUAGGCCUAUGUGACAAACUGUCA